AUGAUCGCCGGUACCAGUUUCACCGUUUCCAAGAAGAUGAAGAUCUCGGUAGCACUAGAAAAUAGGACUUGGGAACUCCCGGAUGAAGGCAUGAUUACUUUCUCUAACGAGGAUACAACAUGCAUCACUUUGUCACAUAACAAUGCCUUGGUUAUCACUGUGUUCAUUGAAUGCUUCCAAAGAAAGUGUGUGAUGGUCGACCCGGGAAGUCUAGCUAAUAUCAUCUGCUGGAAAGUAGUGGAAGAGAUUAGACUGCUAGAGAAAAUCAUACCAGCCGCAAGGACCCUUGCUAGUUUCAACAUGUCCAGUGAAACUACUAAGAGGGAGAUCGAUUUGCCUAUGGAAGCUGAAGGAGUUGUCAAAGCAAAGAAGUUCUAUGUGAUUGACAAUAACAUGCACUAUAACGUAAUCUUCGCUAGUUCGUGGCUCCAUAAUAUGAAGGCGGUACUAUCAACUCUGCAUUUGUUGCUGAAGUUCCCUACUACGGAAGGAAUCAUGUAG